AUGACGUCCAGGAGAACCAGACCUCCUGAUGGGGGGUACGGAUGGGUGGUGGUUGCAUCAACCUUCUUCAUCAUGGGCCUUACUGCGGCUGUCCUCAAAAACUUUGGGCACUUCUUCUUGGACAUCCAAAGCCAUUUUGGAGUUCUGACUAGCACUACCUCAUGGGUGACCUCGACAACAAUUGCCAUGUUUCACAUUGGAGCUCCAGCUGCCAGUGCUUUGACCAUAAGGUUUUCUCAGAGAGUGGUCAUCAUAGCAGGAGGCCUGCUCUGUUCAUUGGGGAUGUUGCUGGCGUCUCUGGACCUCAGUCUGCCUUGGCUCUACCUCACUAUGGGAGUCCUGGAAGGAACAGGCAUUUCCUUCUCGUGGGUUCCUGCCAUGAGCAUGGUGAAUCACUACUUUGCGAGGUGGCGGCCCAUCGCCUACGCCCUUGCCAGCUCAGGGGAGUGUGUCUUUUCCAUGGUGUUCAGUCCCCUCUUCAAGUGGCUCAUUGAGACGUACACCUGGCAGGGCGCUUUGCUCAUCAUCAGCGGCCUUCAGUUGAACCUGUGUGUGUGCGGUGCACUCAUGAGACCUCUAGAGACCACCCUGACAACUUCAGAAGACGAUGCUGCUGUGCUCCCUUCAAAGAGGAAGGUUAUCUUUCAGUGCUCCCUCCUGAAACAACCUGAACUUCUUCUCUACAUCCUGUUUGCGAUCUUUGCAGCAGCAGGUUUUUUUAUCCCCACUCUGUUCCUGGUGCCCUUCUCCACCAGUUUGGGGAUUGAGAAGUACUGGCCAGCCUUCAUCCUGUCUGUGCUGGCAGUGGCUGACCUGGCAGGGAGGUUGUUCUGUGGGUGGCUCGCUAACAUGAGGCUUCUGAGGAACCUGCAGCUGCUUGUCAUCGUCACCACCCUGACUGGGGUGGUGCUGCUUCUGCUACCCAUCAGCCACAACUUCUGGGCUAUCCUUGGCUUUUCGAUGCUCUAUGGCUUCCUGUUCGGUUGCUUGGUGGCCCUUCAUGUCACUUCUAUUGUGGACAUCGUGACGUUGGAGGGAUUUGACAGUGGACUGGGUCUCUUUAUGCUGUUCAGGAGCAUCGGAGGCUUCAUCGGUCCUCCUGCUGGAGGCUGGUUGGUGGACCAAACGAACGACUACAGCGCCGCCUUCUACCUCUCUGGCUUCUGCUUCAUCUCCUCAGCGGUGUUCGUCGUCCUGGUUGACCGCCUGGUUCAGAGGAAGAAGUCUGCAGAGGCUGAAGGUCAGCAGACGGGAAAAGUCAAACGAGACACAGUAACACAAGAACCUUUCCUGGAGAUUACGUUGCCUGACUGACUGUUGAUGGUUUGUCUCUGGUUUGGUGUCAGUGCCAGCAGCGGGAUGAUUUGACCUGGUUUAAACUGGUAGAGCGAGCUACCAUCACGAAGUGCAUAUUUUAUAGAGUGUGAACUUCUA